GAGUCGAGAAUUGGGAAGUAAACCAACUUCCAGCUUCCAGAAACGAUGCAAACCUCCCACUACCCUUGUCGUAUCCUGGUUCUACGAGACAGGCCCCGACAGCCUAUGAACACCCACCCACAUCAGCGAUGAGAAUCUCCCGACCACUCGAUAAGCGCCGGUGUGGAAGCGGACAGACUAAGGCUGCAUACAGGUACGAGGGUGGAGGAGUGGAAAGGAAGCCAGAUCUCGUUUUCCAAAAACGAUGCACACCUCCCACCCUUGUCGAUAUGCUAUUUUUACCGACGAUAGACCUCACCGACCCCUGGAGAUGCGCUAGGAGCGGCAACAAGGUCUUACGACUAGUCGCUAGAUGCAUAUAUCCCUGCCGACCCGGACAAAACAAGGCUGCACACCAGAGUCGAGAAUUGGGAAGCAGGCCAGAUUUUCAGAAAACGAUGCACACCUCCCAACCCUGGUCGUGUUCUAUUUUUGCCAGACAGGCCUUGACGACCUAUAAAUACGCGCUUACAUCACGGACAAGAACUCAUAUCCAGACGAUAAGCGCCGGUGUGGGAGUAGACGAAACAAAAGCGGCACAUGUAACGGCCCCUGCAGCUAAGCGCCCAGCGGCUCCUUCCUAUUUAGGCAACUCUGGACUGCUUGCUGGUUGCUGGGAGUCCACCGCCUACUUUUCGAUUCUGCAGUGUUGACCUCUUUCAUGUUGAACGGUUUCUGGAAGAACUUGUAGAAACGAUUCGAGGUUUUCGAAGAAAUGGAAUUGGCUGUUCAUGCUUCUGUUUCCGGGCACGGAGUACUCAUUACUUUCUACCUCCGAUUUCCGGUCCCUCCCAGCGUCCGUUCUUAAGCUUCUUG